AGUGUCUAUGCUCACGUCGAUCGCUUUUCAGUCUAAAGUCACGUCUUUCGUUAGAUUACGCAAAUGCGCUCUUGUCCCGUCCGUCUGCGUAUCAGUGCGUUUUGACGUUUUGACAAACGGAACGAAAUAUCACCCGCCUAGGAAUUACCUCGUCGUGUAUUUAAUCAACGUUAAUUAACAAAAUGAACAGGCUCUUCGGACGUGCUAAACCUAAGGAACCGCCACCAAGCAUCACUGACUGCAUCGCGGGGGUUGACAGUAGGGCGGACUCUGCAGAAAAGAAGAUAGCUAGACUAGAUGCAGAGUUGAAGAAGUAUAAAGAUCAAAUGGUCAAGAUGAGGGACGGGGCAGCAAAGAAUGCAGUAAAGGCCAAGGCUCUGCGUGUGUUGAAGCAGCGGAAAAUGUAUGAGUCUCAAGUAGAUAAUUUGCGUCAGCAGGCGUUCAACAUGGAGCAAGCAAAUUAUGCCACUCAAACGUUGAAAGAUACCCAGGCAACUGUAGUUGCUAUGAAAGAAGGUGUUAAACAAAUGCAAAAGGAAUUCAAAAAUAUUAACAUCGAUCAAAUCGAAGAUAUGCAAGAUGAUUUAGCAGAUAUGUUAGAACAAGCUGACGAAGUGCAGGAAGCAAUGGGUCGCAGCUACGGAAUGCCAGAAAUUGAUGAUGAUGAAUUGGCAGCGGAAUUAGAAGCUCUGGGUGACGACCUUGCCUUGGAUGAAGAUACUAGUUACUUAGAUGAUGCUAUUAAAGCACCUAGUGCCCCAGACAAAGAACCUGGAGCAAGUUCAGUCAAGAACAAGGAUGGUGUUCCAGUGGACGAGUUUGGCUUGCCACAAAUACCUGCUAGUUAAAUUUAAAGAUACAUCAAAAUUUAUAGAUAAGGCAAAUAUAAGCUUAAGAAUAUUCGCAUGCAUGCCCAAAGACGUAAGAUCCUUCAAAAACAAGACAUAUGGUUUUUAAUCGAUACUCGCGCGACACAAAUUAAUGCCCUAACAAUGUUUUGUUGACGUAACUUGCGUAAAAGGUAUUUAGUUUACUACCCUAUUAAUAGAUUUUUGUUAUUGUCUUCAAAGUCACUAUUUUUAUUA